CCUCCCGGCCUGCACACUGAAUGGCUGCGCCACUACCUGCACUCGGCCUCGGAUUGGGCGCGCGGCGUCUCCCCGGCGUGAUAGGUCAGGACCACCGCCCCCCUUGCUCCCCAUUGGCUGCUCGGCGAAGCCCGGUCUCCGGGUAAGAUGGCAGCGGACGGACAGUGCUCGCUCCCCGCUUCAUGGCGGCCGGUGACCCUCACCCACGUCGAAUACCCUGCAGGUGAUCUCUCUGGCCAACUCCUUGCCUAUCUGAGCCUCAGCCCUAUUUUUGUCAUUGUUGGUUUUGUGACCCUCAUCAUAUUCAAGCGGGAGCUACACACGAUUUCAUUCCUUGGGGGCCUGGCAGUGAAUGAGGGCGUCAACUGGCUGAUCAAACACGUUAUCCAGGAGCCUCGGCCCUGUGGAGGCCCACACAUGGCAGUGGGCAGUAAGUACGGCAUGCCCUCUAGCCAUUCCCAGUUCAUGUGGUUCUUCUCCGUCUAUUCCUGCCUUUUCCUGUAUUUAAGAAUGCACCAAACAAAUAACGCCAGGUUCUUGGACUUGCUGUGGAGGCACGUGCUCUCUCUGGGGCUCCUCACCGCAGCUUUUCUCGUCUCCUAUAGCAGGGUCUACCUGCUGUACCAUACCUGGAGCCAGGUAUUUUAUGGGGGUGUUGCUGGAAGCCUCAUGGCCAUCGCUUGGUUCAUCUUCACCCAAGAAGUCCUCACCCCGCUGUUCCCCAGGAUAGCAGCCUGGCCCAUCUCCGAGUUUUUCCUCAUCCGGGACACGAGCCUCAUUCCCAACGUGCUCUGGUUUGAGUAUACAGUAACCAGGGCAGAAGCCAGGAACAGACAACGCAAACUGGGGACGAAACUGCAGUGACUGGUGGGUGUGGCUGGGUCAAGCCUCUGAAUCUGGCCUGCGCCAUGCCUUGCAGGAUGGACAGAAUGAUGGAUGGAGGAGUGAAGCAGAGACCUCUACAGACCCAAGUCACCAAGUGGAGCCUUUUUUUUUUUCUUAUUUUAAUUUUAAUGGACAUGGUGGACCAAAGGGCUGAGUCAGGCCCUCAGCCAGGACUCUCUGGGAGGGCCUGCUGUCUGUGGGUCGCAUGGCCAGAGACCCUGGCUCUGCUGCUGCCAGCUCCUGACUGGGUGGAAGGUGCUCUUGGCAUGGGCCCUAGGGUGUGGGUGGAGCACGAGGGCUUGCACCUUGGGUCUUGAGAUCAGGAACUCCAGGUGGAGGAGUGCACACUAUUUAUUUUGGGGUUGUAGAGUCCAUGCUGAAGAGGCUGCUCUGCAGUGGCUGCCCUGUACAGAGGAGCCCAGGUGAGCACUCAGACCCUCUGCUCUGAGCCUCAGGCAGGAUAGCCCGCCUCCUGCUGGGCCUGAGCAGGGUCUGGUGCCCAGGAGUGAGGCAACAACCCUUGCUCUCCCUGUCACCAUUGCCAUUCCAGAACCUUGUCAGUGUUUCCUUGUCUGGGGGCAGGGCCCAGAGCAAGCACCCGUCUGUCGGCUGGGCUGCUGUUAUUGUGUUCUUCCCUAUGUCAACCCAACAUCACAAGGGCUUUCUCUGGUCCUCUAUCCCCAAGACAGUAAUCCCUUUCUGACAAAAGAGCCUGCACAUACGGGUGAGCACACCCAAGCGUUUACAGCUCCUUUUGUCUGGCCAUCCAGUAGCAGUCUGUCUUCAUCCCAACUUGAACAAAACAGGAACCAGGAGCUAGGAUGCUGGCAGUGUGGCAGCGUUGACACUCUCCCCCGUCACCUGGCCCAUAUGCUCUGGAUUUGUCCCUGUCCCUCCUGGCCUGCCCUAGAGGCUGGAACCCUGUGCAGGCUGACCCUGGAAUCUGCCGGGCUGUGAGGAGUCCCUCCUAAGGGGACUCUCCAAGUUGCCCUGCCGCAGCUGUGGAGAUGCUUCCAGAACUGAAGCAGCCCCUGGGGGACCUGUUCGAACUCUCCCCCCUUUCUCUGUGGAGGUCCCUAACCUGCUGCUGAAGCACAAGUUUUUGGUGCUUUCCUUUUGUGUCUGUUAAAGGCCGUGUCCAAGCCCCUCAGAGGCCAGGGCCAGGGCUGGUUUCUAGGGCGGUAGGUGAGUCACAUUCCCUCCCCUUCCCCUAGGAUUUUUUUUAUUUUUAUUUUUUUUGGAUUUUUAUUUUUUACUUUUUGCCUGAGACAAGCCAAGUGUGAGGUGGUUUAAGAAAAUGAAAUUGUUUACUAUUGUUUUAAAAUAAAAUCUGAAACUCUG